CUAUUUUCUUUUGUGUUUAGGUAAAUGUUUCCAACUACAGUCUGGUGAUGGAGUCUGACGCGGGAACCUUCUUACCUACUGGACUGCAGUUCACUGGCAGUGAAAAGGCCAGGGCCAUCAUGGAGGAGGUCAUGAGCCUGCUGCAGCCCCUCAAUAUCACUCAGGUCCUGAGCCAUGGAGAAGGGACAGACAUCAACUUUUGGAUCCAAGCUGGAGUACCUGGAGCCAGUCUACUUGAUGACUUAUACAAGUAUUUCUUCUUCCAUCACUCCCAUGGAGACACCAUGACUGUCAUGGAUCCAAAGCAGAUGAAUGUUGCUGCUGCUGUUUGGGCUGUUGUCUCUUACGUUGUUGCAGACAUGGAAGAAAUGCUGCCUAGGUCCUAGAAACAGCAAGAAAGAAACAUUUUCAUGCUUCUGGCCAGGAAUCCUGGGUCUGCAACUUUGGAAAACACCUCUUCACAUAACAAUUUCAUCUAACUCAUCUUCAAAGCACAACUCUGUUUCAUGCUUUCUGUUAUUAUCUUUCUGAUACUUUUCAAAUUCUCUGAUUUUAGAAGAAGGAAUCAUUCUCCCCUGCCUGCCACCACAUAGAAUCAACAUAUGGUAGGGAUCACAGUGAGGGCAUUUCUUUAUAUUGACUCUUAAAAAUAUUGUUUCCACUUUAAAACUAAAAGCUUAAUAAACUUUUGGAAGAUCUCA